AUGGCAAGAGCAACAAUUGGGGCUGCUAUUCUUGUCUGUGUGGUGAUUUUAGCGCUGGAUGUUACUGCUGGCAUACUAGGACUUCAGGCUCAGAUUGCUCAAAACAAGGUUAAAACGGUGAGGAUGUUGUUCAUCGAAUGUGAGCAAUCAUCCUCCAAAAUGGAGUUCAUCCGGGCUUCCAUCAAGAGGAAGCUGGCAGCGACUCUGAUAGUCCUCUCCUGGCUUGCUCUUAUUGCCGGAUUCUCGCUGCUGCUCGCCGGUGCCAUGCGCAACUCCAACCCCCGGAGAAAUUGCAGCUUUGCGCAAGGCCAUACCCUGGAUCUCGGAGGGAUCCUGUGCUUCGUCCAUGCCGGGGUCACCGUCGCCUACUACGUCACCGCCAACGCUGCAGCAUACGAACUUCCUUAG